UACUGCAAAUGGAUGUUGACCGUCCAUUAUGGCCGCCAACCUUGGAUCUACUAAAGGACGAAACCGGGUAUUAAGCUUCAAAUUAUCCCGAACGGUGCUUAUUAGACGCGAUGUCUAUCGGAUUUGUUGGUUCUCUUGAUUCUUUAUCGGUUGUAUUAUGACCCAUGUCUGGCUCGAAUCCGAACAGAUUAAGCACCGGUAUAUGCCCACGCGGGCUGUUGCGUGAGGUAAUACGUACUCUACGGAUUGUAACGGUCGUGCGCGAUCUGAUCUCGGAAAUUCUUCAGGCACGAAAGAUCGAGCGAACCAAAACAUCUGUAGAAUCUCCCAGAAACUCUCUUUCCCCUCCUGCGACGAGCCAAGCGAUCGAAUCGAAGUCGAAACCCCACCUUCUCCUCCUCCUCGCCGGCAUCGACGACAGCAAUGAAGCGCUCCGCCGACGACCGCGACCUUCGGAAGCUGCCAUCGGCCGCAGACGCCAAGCCCGUCUUCAUGGCCGAGCGCCAGCGCCGCGAGGAGAUCGUCGCCGAGCACCGCCGAGCUGCCCUCGAUCUCCUCCGCAGCCCUCCGACUCCAGCCACCGACGCGACCACGACCGGGACUGUGAUCGUCGCGUCCGAAACCGUGAGCGCGAGCGGGAUAAGGAGCUCGGCACCAUCAGGGAGCAAUACUUGGGGUCCAAGAAGCCCAAGAAGCAGCGGGUGAUUAAGCCUAGCGAAAAGUUCCGUUUCUCAUUCGAAUGGGAGAACACUGAAGCCACCUUCCGCGACAUUAACGCCUUAUACCAGAAUCCCCACGAGGCGCGGGUCCUCUCCGGCCGUGGUUUUAUCGCCGGCAGCGACCAGCGCGAGCAGAAGAAGCCGGCCGCUCUUCACGAAAAGGAGACACGGGAGGAGAUCCGCCGCAAGGAGGGUGUGGAGGAGCGGCCGGAGGAGGCCGCUGCUGACCUAUAUGAUAUCUUCGAUAUGCGUGUCGAACGUCAUUGGUCUGAGAAGAAGAUUGAGGAAAUGACUAAGCGGGACUGGCGCGUCUUCAUGAUCCUCAGUGGCGCCUUUAACGUAGCACCGGAGGGGGGUGUUCCAGAGGAAGACGCGGGGCUUGUGCAUAUCGUCGAACAGGCUGCGGGCGUAGGCCACGUGUCCGGAAGACAUCAGAGAAAGCAGGAUCCGGGUGAGGAGGCUGUUCUUGCGGGCGAGGCCGGUGGCGAGGAGAAGGGCGUGGCUCUGUUUGAGGUGGGCGGGGUAGGAGUGGGAUAAUAUGAGUGCCGCGAAGCCGGCUUUGGUUGUCGGGGUGGGGGAAGGCUGUGUGCCAGCGACGAGGAGGGCGCUGCGUCGGGUCGGAGCGAUCGUGGGCGGUCCCACCCACCGCCAUAUGGAUCUCGCUGGUACGUCCGACAGCGAAUCACUUUUCGACACGUUUUUGGAAAAAAACAUAGAGCCAAAAAAGAAGGAAAAUUCUUUGAAUAGGCUGCGAGUCUUUUAAGAGAGGAGCGGAAACCAACCGACGGGGACGCAGAGAAGCCGGUGUCCGCUUCUUCAUCCUCCUCCAGCUUCAUGGUUUGUGUUGGUUCUUCUCAGGUCGGGCGUCGCCGGUAUCUUUCCGACACAUCCCGAUGGCUUCUGCGGCGGGUCGUCAAGCCGGAUCUUGAUCGAUUCGGGCUCCUUCCUCUGCCUCGCCUUCAUCCUCGCCGGUUGUAAGCCUAAACCCUUAUUUUCUUGAUCGCGAUGGCCCAUUCUUUUAUCUUGUUCCAUUGUUACAUCACAUGUUUGCCGCUUUCUUCGUCUUGGAGCUUGUAAUCGGAUGAUCAUAUCCGAUGAUAGCGCAGUCAUUUGGGUCGGUUAGUAACGCAGAAUUGUUGGUAGUCGUGCUGACGGGUUCGAUGUUAUAGCAAAAGCGCAGGGUUAAGGAAUGUAGUCGUGCAAUGUUGGGAUUAGCUUAUGUUUGUUGCCCUAUCUACAAAUCAGUAAGUCUGGUUUGUUGGCAAUUAGAUGGCUAGAUAAGUUGUUGAUAGAUAAUACAUUGCUUCGAAGCCCAAUGGAGAGGUAUCUGUUGACAAGUGCCAAAACUAAUUAAUUUUUUAUUUUAAAAAUAUUGAACCAUUUCUAGAUUUGAGCCAUGCUAAUUUUCUUUGGAUCGUUUCAAUUUUAUCAUUGUACCUAAAGUUCUAUAAUAAUUUUGAGAUGUUUUCUUUACAGUUUGUCGGUAUAAACCCUACUAGAAAUAUUUCUUUCGGGCACAACUGCUGGUCACGUUAACUGAUAUCAUUGGCAUCAUGUGAAAGGUUUAGAGAAGAACCAAACUGGAGUUUACUUUCUCCUAUAUGAUACUUGGCAGGGUUGGAACACCUUUAGAUUUGUAUGCCGAGUGGGCUCUAUUUGACUUGUGACUAUGUAGCUAGACAAUAGUUAAGAUUGCUCAACUGUAACUUGUAAAAGCCAUGCCAGAAAUAGAAGUAGAACAAUGAAUAUAGCAUUUUUUAAUCUCGAAAAACGUCUCUUCUACUUAUUUUCCCACAGAAUUGGAGAAAUUAUCUUUCGAUGGAUGGUUUUUUUUUUGCUUUGCUGUAGGAGAGGGGGGUCGAGCGGUCAUUGAGUAAGGUACUCAUUUGGAAAACCUUAACAUUUAAACUUGGCGAACAUGGAUACAACUAAAAUCAGUUGAACUUGGCAUUAACUUGGUUGGGUUGGGUCAAGAGCUAGCACCACUUGCCAAUAUGUUGACACAAGGCUAAUUAGCUUGAUGUUGGACAGGAUGAGCACCGUCGGGACCAAAUAGCAGACCUGUAUCUUGAUAUGUCUAAAAACUUCAGAACUUUGGGCUUCAGACUCUUAUUGUUCUUACAUUCAAGGAAAACUAACUAGUGUUCACCCAGAAAGGAGCCUAUGGUAAUAGGUCUAAGUUGUCAUGUGUGCCAAGGCUUGCACUUGGCAUUAACUUGGUUGGGUUGGGUCAAGAGCUAGCACCACUUGCCAAUAUGUUGACACAAGGCUAAUUAGCUUGAUGUUGGACAGGAUGAGCACCGUCGGGACCAAAUAGCAGACCUGUAUCUUGAUAUGUCUAAAAUCUUCAGAACUUUGGGCUUCAGACUCUUCUUGUUCUUACAUUCAAGGAAAACUAACAAGUGUUCACCCAGAAAGGAGCCUAUGGUAAUAGGUCUAAGUUGUCAUGUGUACCAAGGCUUGCAAGCCUAGAAUAAUAGGUCUAAGUUGUUGUGAAUGUACCAGCCUACCAGCGUGCAGAAAGCUGGACGUCUUCCAGCACACUGCCUGUGCCAUCUGGUACAUCCAAUAUAGUACAUAUACUGCUUGGUACAGGCCCAGUACCAAGUGGUUUCUUCUUUUCUUUUCAGUUUUUCUAAGAAUUUUUUUGAGACUAGAUAUGUUCCAAUAUAUCGACACUUGAUACAUUGAUAAUCAAUCCACGCCUUGACCGAUACACUACUGCCAUACAUAAUUGUGACUCUUGGUGUGUACCUGCAAAUUUAUCCUCUUGAUUCCAGACCUCUUAUUUGAACAAUGCUUAUUUAAGAAUGGUUGAUUGCGAAACCAUGCUUCUUAGUGAGAUAUGUCAUAUCUUAAGAUCUACCAUUCUCUUGCCUUCCUAGGUGCUUGGAAUAAGUUAUAUAGGACUUGGUUCAUUUAGUUGUUCCUUAGUUCCGGCAGUUAUAGAAAUGCAUCAAACAACUUGCACUGAAGUUUGCUUUUCCUAGAUAACUCUUGUUGAUUCUUCUUUAGCUGCACGUGACAUCUGUUGGUCGCCUGAUGGCUUUUGAGAUUUGUUUAGAUGGUUUGCAGAACUGUUGGUCGGCUACAGGAAACCGAAUGGUAAAUGGUAUCAGCUAACUUGAGAUUUGGUAUCCUUGCAAACAAAUAUAGUGUCAAUUUGGUCAAUUUAUUGUGCUACUAAUUAUGUCAAGGAUACUAAAAAAAUGUCCCUUUGUCAAUCAGCUAGGAUGAUGGUAUCAGUUAUAUUGACACAAAAAAGAUCAUAUGAGUGAUCAGUGUUUUUUUUUUAUAAUUGAAACAUGGUGACAAACUCUCAAGUUGCUGGAUCCUAGAUUAUUGCAAGUUCAUUUGGAAUUAAUUUUGGUUGGUGUGAUUUCCUCCAAGUAAUAGAAAAUUUGUAUAACCUGCAGUAGCUACGUUUGUUAACAUGACUCUUCAGUAUUGCAUAAUACCAAAAAAGUUGUGUUUAAUCUGUUAGCGGGGCUUUGCGUGAUCACUUGUUGCCGUCAGAAUUUUCCUGUACUUGAAGACCUGCCGCAUGGUGGAAUUUGAUUAGAACGAUUGGUUUGAUGGUGACAUGUUAGGUGGCUUAGUGCAGCAAUGCUGUCGAGUACAGUGGUUUAAGGCUGCAAUGUCAAUCACUUCUGAUAAGAGAAGGCGUUUGCCGUGGGACAGGGUAGCUUUCAUAGGAAGGAGAAAGAAGAGAAUAUUUCUUUCCUACACGAGCAGGUUGGUGUGAUGUGGGCUACUCGGACUCCAUGAGCUCUCCAGGAACAGAUUGUGAACAAGAGGUUUCCGAUUAGCUCAACAUUAUGCCAUUCUUCUAAAUAAAGUGAUCGUGGAAGGGACAGCUCGCCCGAUGUGUUAGACCCCAAAAUAGUGGUCCACUUGGUGUUCUAAAUGCCCUCAUCGAAGUCAGGGAAUGAAAUUUCCUUUUUUUCGAUGGGUUGAUUCUACACAAGUGGCCCGGAUUCAUUCAUCUGAAACAUCUCAGUAGCUGAGCGGAAUUAUGCAAUGAUGAGGUCGACAUCAAGAAUUGUGUUCAUACAAGCCUAUGUUGAGAGAGCUAUAUCCGAAGCAUGGAAUGUACUUGUCAAUGGGAAAGGAGAAGCGAGAGACAGCUGGACUUUACUGGACCAGGGGGCGAUUCACGUGACAGAGGCUGACACCGGCACGUUAAGUAAACUUGGUGUAAGAAAUGAGUAUGUAAACCUUGUAGCAAAGUAGCAGCAUUUGAGCAGGAUCGGGCGGAUCGAACAGGCCGGACAACCUCUACAGCCAUUUGUCUACCACCGCCAACGAUGUUCUACGGUCCCAAGAGAUGCAUCCCUCGAGGAUUCCUCCCCAUCUCUGCAUUAUUUUUGUUGUUGUUUAUUUACUAAGGUUUCGCUCCGAUCCCCCCAGCCAUCGUGCAGCCCGCUCAGAGUGCGGGAAGACGGUCGCAGUUGAUUUGACCCCUUAACCAGAGAUACCCCUUAGUGGUGGUGGGGCCCUAGUGGCCCUCUCCAGCCUGGACUGGUAGACCCAAUGCCUCUCACAUACUCUCUUCUCUUCUGACGCCUACCUCCUGAUCUCGAUUGAGCUACUGUGGUGGGGACGACUCCACUAUCCUCGCAGGUAA